AUGCAUGUCUUCUUAAAAGUGUUUUAUUUACAGAAAACUUCAUUUUUCAGGCUAAAACCUUCAGACCAGGCCUGGUUCAUCCACCUCAAUCUGGCAGGAGCUGUACUGCUCUUGAACUUGGUGUACCUCUGUAGUGCUGCUAUACCAGCCGUUCUGAACAUUUCCUGGCUUUGUACGACCACAGGCCUGGUGCUGCACUUCUCCCUUAUCUGCUCCUUCACUUGGAUGACAUUGGAGGCCUGUCAGAUGUACCUGCUAUUGUGGAGACCAUUCGAUGUCUACAUAAGGCAUUUCAUACUCAAGUCCACCUUUGUAGGUUGGGGAGUCCCUGCUCUUAUUGUGCUCACAGUUGUUGCUGCUGACAAGAAUAAUUACGGUCCAAUUUAUAACAUGUGCUGGAUCACAAAAUCUGCUCUACAGUACUGUUUAGUGUUGGGAUACUACGGAGUUGUAUUCAUCUUCACCACUGCCAUGUUGGUUGCUAUGAUUUUUAAGAUUGUCCAAAUAAAGCAAGCAAACAAGCAGACUUACAAUGGAAACACCAGCAUCUGCAAAUUCACUUCCACAUUUCUGGGACUAGCCUGCCUGCUGGGUACUACUUGGGGACUGGGAUUCUUCACUAUUAUUACUCAGAGUUUGACAACUCAGUAUUUAUUUUGCAUCAUAAACUCCUUGUAUGGUUUUUUCCUAUUUUUAUGGAUCUGUGCUCGAUGGAAUAAUGAGAAAAAAACCUGUCAGGAGAACAGCUCCAAUUCUUAAAUUACUAAUGCUUCUGAUAACCAUCAAUUCUGAAAGUUUAAUUUUUGUCUAAUAUAAAAGAGUUUUGUGAGUCAAUCAAAAUGGAACUGCACUUUAUUUAUCUGUCUCUGUAUGUUCUAAAUAUUUUUCCCAAGCUUGUACUGUAAACUCUCCCAGUCCAAAUGACAAUUUUAUUUACAUCUAUUUUUGGAUGUUUGAUCAAAAUUAGGUUUAUUAUGGGUAUUUUGCUUAAAACAUUCAUCACUAUGCCCCUGCUUAGAAAGUGCAUUUUCUGAUGGUACUUUGAUGUAUACAAAGUGUUCAUUAUGACAGGGCACCACCAUGUAUGUAAAUACAUAAAAAAUGUUAAAAUUGUUGAAAUGAUCACGUACAAA